AUAUUUCACAGUUAGCUAAUGAGGAGCUAACCAUCAUGUUGAUAUAAUCGUAUAAGCUUUAAUUCACUGAGUGCCCGGAUGUGUCGAUCGAGCGCAGACGUGAAGUUUGAAGUCUGAUCGAUGCGACUGAAAUGGCUUCAAAAUAAUCAUCCGAAGAGGCAGGAAUCAUUCUGAUGAAGGGGCAUCUUCAGCUGGCAGGAUGCAGCAGAAAAGGAACAUCCAGAUCAUCGAGUGGGAGGACCUCGACAAAAGGAAGUUCUACUCUUUCGGGGUGUUCAUGACAAUGACCAUCCGGGCCACCGUCUAUCCGGCCACACUCAUCCGCACUCGGCUUCAGGUGCAGCGGGGGCAGUCCCUCUACAACGGCACCUUCGACGCCUUCUUUAAGAUUCUGCGGGCGGAGGGCGUCCGUGGCCUUUAUCGCGGCUUCAUGGUUAACACCCUCACGCUCAUCUCAGGCCAGGCUUACAUUACCACCUAUGAACUGGUUAGGAAGUACGUCUCCCAGUACUCGGAGGACAACACGGUCAAGUCUCUGGUGGCGGGCGGCGCAGCCUCUCUGGUUGCUCAGAGCAUCACCGUUCCCAUAGAUGUUGUGUCUCAGCAGCUCAUGAUGCAGGGCCAAGGCGAGCACCUCACCCGCUUUCGUCUGAGUUCUAACACCGAGAAGGGAAAGCCCAAAAAAGUGUUCGGCCAAACCAGGAACAUUAUGACCCAGAUUUUUGCUGCUGAUGGUUUCAGGGGCUUCUACAGGGGAUAUGUGGCUUCUUUACUAACGUAUAUCCCAAACAGUGCAGUCUGGUGGCCUUUCUAUCAUUUCUAUGCUGAGCAGCUCUCUCAGUUGGCUCCCAGUGACUGCCCUCAUCUGAUUCUACAAGCCACAGCGGGACCUCUGGCUGCUGCGACUGCCUCAACUGUCACCAACCCGAUGGAUGUGGUCAGAGCCAGAGUACAGGUUGAAGGGAGGACUUCAGUCAUGGAGACGUUCAGGCAGCUGAUCAAAGAGGAGGGCGCCUGGGGACUGACCAAAGGACUGUCUGCUCGCAUCAUUUCCUCCACGCCCACCGCCAUCGUAAUGGUGGUUGGCUACGAGACGCUAAAGAAAGUGAGUUUGAGGCCCGAGCUGGUGGACUCGAGACACUGGUAGAAGAAACCUGGACACACCAUAUAUGGACCACGUGCCAUUUUAGACCUCACAUUAGACUUAGACGAGAGAGAGAGGUUUGUUUUAAAUAACAGCCCAGGGAACAAAAUGGAAACACUUUAAACAAACACCUGCGUAAUGCUUUACCUAGUGUGUAGUAGUUGAACUUUAUUCCAGAUUGAUUACAUAACCAUUAACAUUCACACCAGACUGAGGCUUGUUUAGUGCAAUUGAGUGUUUUGAAUGAGAUGUUUUCACAUGCAGAUACAGAUGCAGACAAGUUAAUGAAACCAUAAAUUAUUCAUUUUCAAAAGAAAGGCUGAUGGGUAGUAGAGGUGAGAGAAAAAAUUAGACUUAUGUAAAAAUCAAGAUCUUACCUUCUGAGAUUUUAAAUAGAUUCAUGACUUCCAAAAUAGUUGUUUUCUUUUUUUGUGUGUGUGUGGCUAAUCAGUCACUCCUUGCUAAGAGAUAAAGCUCGCUCUUUAGCUCAGUAGGAUGCCAGAUGGAGCAACAAGAAAUCCAGCCAGUCCCACAGAUGACUGGAGUGGAUCCUGAAGGAUUUACUAAUUCAUAAAUAGACUUUGAAUCAUGAAUCCAGAAUAGUUUCGAAUCGAAAAUAGAUUCUGAAUCGAAUCGUGAACCCAAGAAUCAAAAUCUAAUUGUGAGACACCCAAAGAUUCCCAGCCCUAAUGAGUAGUAUAUCUGAUUUUUUUAAUCAGAUGUUAAAAAUGAAAAGUGACCACUAAUGAACCAUUAGAAGUUGGUGGUGGUGUAGGGACUCAUGUGUUCUCUGUAUUUUCUUCUUUGCCUUGUCACUGCCUCUGUAGACAUGGACGCGUUCAGCCAGACAAACAUGGAAGAACAUUUAUUAUAUAAACAUAUAAAACAUAUGUUAGGUUUCUGUGAUGAACACCUUGUUGUGUUUGUUGUGUUACUCAAGAGCACAUCCUUUUUAACACGAUUUGAAUUUGAUACUAGCUGCUUCUGAUUGGGUUACACAAAGCAGAGAAAACAAAGCAGAGCCCAUUUUAAGGGAACACAGAGCAAACCGUGCACAGCGUUUGAUUGAUUGUGAUGGAACGCUGCUGUUUGACUGAAGAGUGCUAAACUAGAGCAGGGGAAGAGGGGACAACCUUCAAUAUUAUGUUUGCAAAUCGCUACCAACAAAUCCUACUCAUCUGCCUUUGAACGUAUGAAACGAAACCUUCACAAUCUCUCUAUGCUUUUGAGAAAAUAAGAUUACUGACACAUUUUAAACUCAUUUUUUGUGUGCUACUAGUGAGAUGGUUAUAAUAGUAAGCUGUGUUUGCAUCCAUAUGAACUGCUGGCUGUGAUCAGAGUUCAGACAUGAAUGUUCAAACUGUCCCUGUCCUUACACGCUGGCUUCUUUGUCUAUCCUGCAUUUCCUCUAUGUCUGCCUUUUUUAAAUCGCUGCCUUCAUCGUCUGCUGAAAGUCAAGAGAAGAACAUUAGAUUAUAGAAUCGUCGUUUUGUGGCAGCGUCUGUGUUUGUAUUUAAUUUGCAUUUGUCUCGAAACCUUUACAGACAGAAUCAUAGGAAGGAAAACAGUAAACAUACAGUACAAUAUUCUCCUCUGCACUCCUGUAACAUCUGCUGACUGUAGAAGACAUUGUGGUGAUGGAGCUGGUGAAUGAACAGCAGAUUUAGUAAACUGGAAGUGUUUUAGUUGCUGAGCUGCUUCUUCAAACCUGAGCGCUGAAGGAGAGCGACGUUACGAAAGCAGGAGUAUUGCAGUUUCCCUGUUGUGUCACUAACUGUCUGAGUGCAAUAAUGUAAAUGUUUUAUUACCUUCAGCACAAAAAUGUGAAUGUGUAUAUUUCCUGUAAAUUGUGUGAAUAACAUGUUGAAUGAAAUGUGUUGAAGUGAAUUUCUUUUCCGGCCCAUGUUUCUGGGAUUAUGACCACUGAAGUAUCCAAAGGUGUUGUUAUAUUCUGUCUGAUCUUCCCUGGUCUGACAUGCAGAAUGUGGCUUUUGAGGAAAGGUUAUGCUUUUUAAAAUCAUAUAUAUAUGUAUAUAUCAAGGUAAACAUUUAACUUUGAUGUAACAUGUCACAUUUUUGAGAUGGGAAUCACAGGAUGGGCUGUAUUGGAUGAAUAGAGGCAGUUCUGAUCUGAACUCAGGUCUAGAUGUACUCUGGUACAUCGUUUGGAUUCAUUAGCAGUUCUAACACAUUUUCAUGCAGUGAUACACAUACACUUCAAUUGUUUUUCCCUUUUACUAAAACCUGUGAGUGGUGUGUGAGAGAAGGGAAUCAAACACACUGCUGGAAUAAGACUGAACACAGUUGUUGAUCAUUUUCUUUGCACAGCUCUAAAAUCAAAGUGGGAUUGUGUGAUUUGUCUUCUGUGGUGAAUCAGAACCUGACUGACAGAAACGUAACACAUUUUGUUUCACACCAUGUUUCAUCUCUGUGUCCGGUUUGUUCAGUAAAUAAAACGUUAAAUGGUAAAUGGA